UACUGACAUCUGGAAUGAAGCACACAGGAUAUACAUUCCGUGUCCUGUGCUGGGAAGACCUGCAAGAAACGCACUUCCACGAUUUAGAAGAGUGCUUGAUGGACAAUUACAUUCCAUGCGGGAAGAGAUAUAUAAAAACAAGCAAACUACAGAGGAUGUUCAAGAAUAAAAAACUAGAGACAGCACCGAUUCCCAGUGAUACAACAACACUGCCACCAGGCUCUUCACAACAAGCACCGACUCCCAGUGAUAUAGGAAUCCCAGCACCAGAUAAAAAUCUUGGUUACCUAGAAAAUGAGCACCUGCUUGAAUUUGCCAACUGCAUGGGACCGGAAUGGAAACAAGUGGGCGUCAGACUAGGUCUCAGUUGGAAAAGGAUCCAGCAAAUAUGUAGCGACUAUAGCCUAUCACAAGAUCGCAUCAUAAAUAUGCUUACAGAAUGGAGGAAACAACAGAACUACGAGACAAAUCAAGUUGAAAUAAUGUACAGGGUUUUGACAGAGCGAGGACUCGCCGAGCUUGCUAACAAGGCCUUUAGAUCUCAGUUAUUGUCAGUGGAUCAACCAUUCCUUGUAGAAGGUGAAGGACAUGCUAGUGCAAAAUUACAUCUAAGACGCAAAGAAAAAGAUGGAAAAUGUUUUGAUGAUCAAGAUUUGCUAUUCAUCUGCGACCAACUGGAGCCUGGCUCAUGGAGGAGACUAGGAGUGCGUCUUGGACUUAAGUGGACUGAUAUCAACAAGAUAGCAAACAACAACAGACUUGUAAAAGACCGUAUCAUGGAAUUGCUGGUUACUUGGAGAGAUAACCACUCAACAGACCAAGUACCAAUCAUGGUGAAUGCUUUGAAACAACAGCAGCUUGUUGGACUUGCACGACGUGUAUGUGAAAGGCAUGGCUACAGAGAUGAGUCAGAAGUUGCAGCAACUCAGAUAAAUGCAACAAAGCAAAGACAAGUGCACGGUUAGUGAAAAAUUGCUAUCCUCUUGUUGUCACCGUUCUUGUUGAGAAACAUAGUUAGCACAAUUUAAUUUUAAUUUCAUAUAAUAUACAGAGAUCCAUACACUUUUAACUUUUGCUUCAUUGUGAGAAUGUAAGGUUGAAUUAUUAUUUUACUUGUAAAACAAAAUUAUUGCUGGUUUCAGCCCUUCAGUCAUGACUGGCCAACGUAUAGAUCUUAAUGUAAAUGCUAAUCUUCAAAAAGCAGGCAUGCUAAUGAAGGGCCCAAGUAUUCAACCUUUUAAGCUGGCGGUCAGAGCAGAGGCAAAUUGUUGUGACCGGUGGCAGGCCGACGCAAAUUUAUUAUUUCCAUAAACACUCCAUCCAUUCCCCAUUCCCU